AUGUCCGAUGGCCUCUGUGGCAAUAGCCCGGAGCAGGAGAAGGACUUGGAAGUGAAGGAAUGGCUCACCGAUAAUGGAGUUUCGGAGCUGCGCUCGGUGUGUGUGUUGGACUUGGAUGGGAUUACCCGGUAUGGCUCUUUCCCACGUAAGAUGCCGGUGAAUCCACCGGUAGGGGAGGACCAGGAACCGUGGGAGGCCCUUGGGGUUACUGAGGAGGACUGGGAGGCUACGGGGAAAGCAAUUAAGGAGAUGCGGGAGAAGUCAAAAAAUAAGGCGAAGUGA